CUGUGCCUUCCUGUUUGUGGCUGGGGUUGGCCAGCUAGCUUCACUUUGUGCUGCUGUUGUCUGCACUUCCAACUUGGGCUCUGCGGAAUGCCUCUCGCUGUGGGACUCAGGAAGCUGUGAGUCUGAUGAACUGUCACAGAUCUCCUGCCAGAUCACAUCAGAUCUGAACUUGGACACACAAGGACAAUGAGUAAAGGCCAGGACGCCUGCAGACCAGUCUCUUUAAAUUUCACCAUCGAUAGCAUCUUGAAGUUAAACCCCAGAAGACCAGAUGUCACCAAGCCUCACAGAGGCUUCAUCGAGAGGUCCAUAGCAGACAGCAGGGAGGUGGACAGACAGAAAGUGGAGGUAGACGAUGAAGAUGAUGCUGGGGAAGAAAAUAAAAACCGAUUUUUUUUCCAAGCACACGGUAAGGGGCAUAAAGGAGAUGUAUCGCGGUUUAUUCUUGUCUGGUCUAAUCAUGUCCUCAUAUCUAUCGGCUGUACGGGUUUGUGAGCUGCCAAUGAACCGCGCGUUAGAACGUUUGUCAUUGUAAGCAGGAGUGUGAGAAUGGGGGGACAUGGGGUUGGUGGAACGUUGUGUAUCUCCCACCGUUCUGUUAGAAAGCUCACCCCAUGUGUGACCCAGUGACUCCACUGAUUGAUUUCAAAUCCUCCCAAAUGUCCCCUAAAACACAGAUCUAUUAUAACAGGCAUGUGGAUGGGGGUACUGGGAGUGACUGCUAACCCCUGGUACAGCCAGAUACAGAGCGCUGCUGCACAGGGGGAAAUAAUGUGAUGAUGUAAUAAACACAAGGGUUAAAAGAUGCCAAACACAUGUCAGUGCUGUGUGUGACUGUAAAACAUGGCACAGGUAGAAUAAUACUGACCAAUUCCAGAAAUCAGAUCAUGUCAUGCAUGUAAUAUGUAGCAUUUUAAAAUGUUUUCACUGAUACUAAAAUUAUCAUGGUACCUUCUAAAAGGUGCCCCAGCCAAGCGUUGAUACCUACUAUAUUACUGUAUUGUUUACUGUUAAACAUUUUGUACGUUUUAGUCUAUUGUUAUUAUUAUUGUUAUUAUUAUUAACGUAUUUAUAAAGCGCCAGCAUAUUACACAGUGCAAAACAAUGGGUGGACGAGACACGUAAUAAAUUCGACAAGACAGUCGAAUUUUCUGUAUCUAUCUUUCCAUGAAAAAGUGUGUCUUAAUUAAUUUUCAUAUUGUGUGUGUAUUUAUAUGUAUACACACGCACACAUACAUAUAUACAUAUUUGAUAGAUAUACACACAGAUAUCUGUGUGUGUGUGUGUGUGUGUGUAUAUAUGUACAUACACAAAAACUCACACACAUAUAUCUCAUAUAUAUGUGUGUUUAUCGAUUAAAGGCACUUUAGAGUCCAUGCUUGCUGUUGCUUUGUGUAAUAAUGCGUGUUAUUACUGGUAAUUAUCACAAUACAGGUAAUUGCUCAGGCAAUUACAUUCUAAUUAAUUAACACUUCAUAAUCAUUAACAAUGAGUCACUGAGAUCAGCGAAUCAGUGCAUCUUAUUAGACCUGAUAGAACACAUUGUCUGGGAGUUUAUCAAUCAUUUAUUUCCAAGAAUCAGACUCCAUGAUGUCUAUUAUAUGGUUUAUUUUUGUAAUCUAUAUUGUUUAUGUUAUUUCUAAUGCUGUAAACAAUAAGUAUUGGUAACAAACAUAGUAGCAAUGUUUAAAGUGCAAUUCUAGAGUGAAGCUCAUUAGCAGAGAUGGGUUUUCCCUUUUAUUUUUCCCUAGGUGGUCCAUGCUUAUCUGAAUUUAAUAUUGAUUAUUUAUUUCCCACCCCAUGCAGGUCCUAGAACUUGCCUCCUUGCUGCCUCCCAAAGCCUUACCUACAGCACUGAGCAGGUAACAAGGCACAGAGACUUGCCUUGCAGGGCUGAGAGCCCAGACAGCCUAGAUGAUAGACCCUCUCCAUGCCCAGACAAAACCACCAAGAAAAGCAAGCUUCUGGUCAAGAAGAAGACACGAACCAUCUUCUCCAAGAGUCAGAUCUUCCAACUGGAGUCCACCUUUGACAUGAAACGUUACCUUAGCAGUGCUGAGAGGGCCUGCCUAGCCAGUUCUUUACAACUCACAGAGACUCAGGUGAAAAUUUGGUUUCAAAACAGAAGGAAUAAGCUGAAGAGACAGAUGUCAGCUGAACUGGAGGGUCCAACAGUUGGGGACCAUGCUGGGGACAUCUCAGAGGCUGUUGCCCUUCCAGUAAUUUACAAAGACAAUUCCUAUCUAAACAGAUGCAUAUUACCCAUGUCAUUUCCUUUGAUUUACCCUUCAAGCACAAUUCCCUAUCUGUGCUUUCCAAAUCCUGGCAAAUACUACAGCCUUGCAGAUGGGGAUGUAUAGAGCCAAUUAAACCCUAUUAUUAGCAUUAUUAACAUUCAGUAGAUCUGCCUCAUUGUGAUAUAAUCCUGUCUGUGCAAACUAUAGCACUGCAGUGUAUUGCUGAUUCAACUGACUGCCAGGAUUACAUAUUAUCUCUCUUGCUAAUGUUGCUGUUGUAAAUAGCAUGUACACAUAUUUUUGUAUUCUUUGUAUGACUGUUUAUUUUUACAUAUCUAAUUUAAAUACGUCCUAUGCAAGCAUACUUUGAAAAAUAAAUAAAUAAAAGGGAUAAUUCUCCUGUUUGAUAGUUGCACUUUUUAGCAUUUAUAUCAGCCUCAGCGCUUCUUAAACAGCUUUUUGUUAAACUGAUAGAUAUUUUCUACAAAAACACAGCUUAAAUCCAAUAUUUACUAAUAUUAUAAAUGAUCCAAAAAAAUAGAGACAUUUUUCACUAUUUUUAUAUAUUCAUUUUCUUCCCAUAAUAAACUAUGUAGAUUUUUUUUUUUUUUUUUUUUAGUCUAAGAGAAAAUGCGGUGUGUUUGCCAAUUUCGUUUAGUAAUUUAUUACAUUAACCAACAUGGUAAUAUCAUUUUUGUGGAUAUUGUUUCCAAGAACCAAAGAUAACAAUUGUCCUGAUUUUUAUUUUUAUUGGUUUGAUGUGAAAAAGAUUGAUUUAAAAAAAUCACAAGGAGAUUUAGUGAUUAUACUCUCUUCACACAG